AAAAGUAUAACGGAAAGCGAUAAGAAAGAGGAGCAAGAUUUCUGCAUACGUUGUGUUAUUACAUUCUACAAGUAGACUUGUGUAAAAAUGAAACCUGCACGUCCGAAAACUCCAGCUCGUAAGCCGAUUAAUCGGCCGAAAGGAUCGAAUAUGAUAUCUAAGGAUCCCGUGCAAGUUUUCUGUCGUUUACGACCGAUGCAAUCUUCGACAGAUGUGUCGUGCAUGAGAAUUACCUCCGAGACGACGCUAGUCGUGACGCCGCCAGAAUCAGCAGUAAACUUUCGCACUAUAACUAAUAAAGAGAUACAAACGACAUUUAGUCAUGUAUUUACACCAGAUGCAACACAAAAAGAAGUAUUUAAAACAGUUGCUCUUCCUCUCGUUGAAAACCUCAUUCAUGGAAGAAAUGGUCUGCUGUUUGCAUACGGUGUUACUGGCAGUGGAAAGACUUAUACAAUGACUGGAGAAUCGCAAGAUGCUGGUAUCAUGCCUCGCUGCCUGGAUGUUAUUUUCAAUACCAUUACAAACUACCAAACAAAAAAGUUUGUUUUUAAACCAGAUAAAUUGAAUGGUUUUGAUGUGCAAAGCGAGGCUGAUGCUAUGUUAGACAGGCAACAUGAACUUCAUGCAGGUAUAUCGCAAAGAACAGGAAGACUUGGCAAAUAUCGUAAGGUGGACAGCGAUGGAGACAGUAAUCCAACAGUAGCACACGAGCGUAAUGAAUCACAAACUGUGAUAAUUGAACCAGACAAUGGAUAUGCUAUAUUUGUAACAUAUGUUGAAAUAUAUAAUAACAGUGUAUAUGAUCUGUUAGAUGAAGACGAUAUUAGAUCCAAGACACUACAGAGUAAAAUUGUCAGAGAGGAUGGCAACAAAAAUAUGUAUGUACAUGCUGUCACCGAGAUUGAGGUAAAAAGUGCAGAGGAAGCUUUUGAAUUAUUUCAACGUGGACAACGGAAAAGACGUGUUGCACAUACAGCACUGAAUGCAGAAUCAAGUAGAUCCCAUAGCGUUUUUACUAUUCGACUUGUACAGGCACCUUUAGAUUGCGAAGGUGAACAUGUAAUGCAGGAUAAACGAGUCGUGUGUAUAAGUCAACUAUCUUUAGUAGAUUUAGCGGGUAGCGAACGCACGAAUCGUACCAAAAAUACUGGUCAACGUUUACGAGAAGCAGGAAAUAUUAAUAACUCGCUGAUGACUCUGCGCUCGUGUCUGGAAAUUUUAAGAGAAAAUCAAAACCAAGGUACAAAUAAGAUGGUACCUUAUCGGGAUUCCAAGCUUACUCAUUUAUUCAAAAACUAUUUUGAUGGUGAAGGACAAGUUAGAAUGAUAGUCUGUGUAAAUCCAAGAGCAGAUGACUAUGAUGAAACAAUUCAAGUCUUGAAGUUCGCGGAAAUGACUCAAGAAGUACAAACUAUGCGAUCAAAUCCUAUAAAAUUGGAUCUUGGUUUCACUCCUGGAAGAAGACAAGCAAAUAAGAUAUUUAAAGAAGCAAGGAGUAAAUUAGAGAAAGAGGGACGACCAGAAGCUAUUGAUUUAGACAUUGAUUUAGGUUUAGUGUAUAGUUUGGGUGGACCAUUUCCUCAAUUGGAAUCUGUUAAUUCAGACAAUGAUCAUAUAAUACAUUCUCUAAUACAAUUCCUAGAACAACGUAUCGAAAAGCGUAAUAUACUUCGUUCGGAUUUACAAAAGAAACAAGAGGAUUUUAGAAAAAAAAUAAUAAUAAUGGAGCAAGAAAACGUAAAUUUGAAAAUUGAAGUUGCUUCACUGAAAGCUGCAAAUUCACAACAAAAGAGAAAGAUAUCUGCAUUUGAAGGACAUCUUUGUAAAACGGAAACACAAAUUGAUACGCUUCUGUGUAAAUUAAACUCUGCUAACGAGACGAUACGCAGUUUACAGCAAGAAAUAAGAGAUAGAGACUUGGCAUUGAAUCAACGUUUAAUAGACAAACAAAGAGUGAAGCAAAGAUAUAAUACAAAAAUGCAAGCUGAGACAGAUAAAAUGAAUAGAGAAUUAGAAAUCAAAUUACGUCAACAACGUGAACACCUUCAAAAUCAAAUGAAAGAAAAAGAAGACAAAUUGCGAUUGGUGAAACGAAUUUUAGUCGAUGACGAUUCUGUAAUCCCAUCAAAAGAAGUACCAGAGUCAACAGCAAAAGUAAUUAGUCCAGAAAGAGAAGGCAGGAUAUCACGGAAGGAUAGAAUACCCAUUUCAAAUCCAAGAUACAGACGAUCGCAAAGUGCUGAUCGAUGGAUCGAUCAUAGACCUCAACCUCUUGUGCCACUCGGGACUGUAUUGCAACCGUUGAUGCAAAGAAAAAGAAGUGUAACGCGACUUGCUUCCCCGAAGGAGAUUACAGAUGGUGCAUCUAGAUAUUGUCUUGUCUCACAAGAGCAUGAUACAGACGGAGAACUCGAAACAAAAUUAUUUAAGGGCGACAUACUACCAACAAGCGGUGGUGGAGCACAGAUAAUAUUUAAUGACAUGGAAUGCUUAAAACAAUCAUCUCCAAAAGCAAGAAAACGUACUGGACCUCCGGAAGAAAGUGUAGACCAAACAGAUGUGGUCACACAGAUGGAAACAAAAAGACCACGGGUCUUAUCUUCAUAAUUAAAUAUAUGAAAAUAUAUGAAAUAUACGUACAAUAUAUUUAUAUAUACAACAAAAAAAUAAAUUCAAAUAUUAUAAUUAUUAUAAUUUGU